AUGGGUACAAUAGGGUCAAGUCUACCUGGCGUAACUCAAUUUGAGGCUGAUUCCCUUCUCUUCCAAUUUCAAACUCCUUCAGGGUUGCCCACUGGAACUAUGCUUUUGGGAAGACCAGUAGUUCUCUAUGAUGAAUUCCCUACUUUGAUCUGGCCGGCUCCAGAGAUAUGCAGACAGCCUCUGGUGGAUCCAAUAGAUACCAAAUGUGGCCACACUUUCUGCACGCCCUGUCUAAAGAGUCAUCUUGUGGUGCAGGCGCUGUGUCCUGAAGACAAGCAAAUCAUCAAUUAUCUUGAAUGCCAGCAGUCCUCCAAUCUCGUAAAACGACUCUUAGACAAAUUGCUGGUGAUCUGUCCCAACUCUGAACACUGCGAAGAGAUACUAUCCCGUUGCGAUCUUGAAUCUCACCUAGCCUAUUGGUGCCGCGGCACCGUAGUACCCUGUUCCAACGCCAAAACUGGAUGUCAAUUUCGAGCAGCCAGAGCCCUUCAAUCGGAGCAUCGUCGUGAGUGUCGGUUCCAACCAAGAACUCCUGGAACCACGCACGUUGCUGUUUCUGGAGGCAGUCCCAUCGUUCGACCAAUUGCAACGAAAUCUGUAGUCAGGUUUGGACCCAUGCCCGCCGUUCGAAGAGUAGCUACUGAGGCUCCACUUAUGUCAGCGGGUAGUAGCGCAUCGGAGGAGACCACACCUAGUCCUCCAACAGCUGCUUCAUCCAGAGGAUGUGGCGGAGGUGUACGUUCAGCUUCUCCUAUUCGGGAUUGUGAGGUCACUACUAUCGAGUUGCCCUGGAAGCCCAACGCCAGCCUCGGAAUCAGCUUUGUGGGAGGAUCAGACACACCACUACUGUGCAUUGUGAUUCAAGAAAUCUACUUGGAUGGCAUCGUUGCAAUGGAUGGACGUCUCCGACCUGGAGAUCAAAUUCUGGAGGCUGGCCGACCCAACUCUAGGCUCUAUCUUCUCUAUUCGAUCGAUUAUCGAUUGAUCCCAGUUGUCGAAUCUCCCGAUUUUCCUUGCAUUAGCUUCAUUCGAUCUUGUCGAUGA